CGGUAUGUUGCAGUGAAUUACUGUCAGUGGCUAAUAAUUUCACCUCAAAUAUAGCAAAUUUGUCUAUUUUACUGUUGGCAAUGUGCGGCUGCUAUAGGUGUACUGUGUACAUCCUGCAAGAGUUCGAGUUCGAUUGGCUGCCCAGCUGACACACCUGCUAAUAUGGUCUUCUAGGCGGUCAGUAUAAAUGUCUUCAUUCGGUUUUUGUUAUGAUCACUUGCAGUCGGCUGCUGUAACAUCCCAAUUACGCUGCGGUUGCAGAAAGGUUUCGACAGUUGCCGUAUUCAGCGAACGGAAGGGGUUUUCUUAGCCCAAACUGUCCUAACCGUAUGCGAUCGCAGUAUAAGCCCUUGCCCAUAUCCAUCCGUUUUGGGGAAUAACGCGUCCGGUUGUCUUUCCACCUGGCAGCGGAUAAGCACAUGUAGCAUUCAGCCGGCAUUCUGGACAACUUUGACCAAAGGUCAAAUCAUGUACCAUCAUUCAUUCUUCCUUGCUCUUCUUGUGGAAUCUGAAGUUACGCCAUACCUAUUUAUUCUCACCAGCGUAUUUUUCGUGCUGCGGCGCUUUUUGAAAUUUCAGCCGGUUAGCAAGGAGACCACUCAACGCUUACCUGGACCUCGCGGUCUACCAUGUGUUGGGUCAGCACUGUCUUUAGCACGCUACCAGAGCAGUCUGCAUCUAAAGUUCGCUUCGAUGGCAAAAAAAUAUGGAAACAUGUUUAGAAUGUCGCUAGGGUCAGCAGAAGUUGUAGUCCUGAGUGAUGCGGAUCUGAUACGAGAUGCUUUUCGGAUGGAACAAUUUUCGGCUCGGCCGGACAUGCUGUUUGUAAAGGAAAUUGUCAGUGGAAACGGUUUAAUUCUGUCGGAAGGAGCCUUAUGGAAAGAGCAGCGUCGCUUCGCCUUACAACAGCUGAGACAUUUUGGAAUGUACAGACUGGCGAAGCAGCAAGAUCAGUUAACCGAAAAAAUUACCAAAGAAAUUCAUCAGUUUAUGCUUGUUCUGGAAGAGAAACAAGGGAUUCCUCUAAAUCUGGACAGUUAUCUCAGCAGCGUUAUGGGCAAUAUUAUCUGCACCAUUAUCGCUAGCAAACGCUUUGAGUACAGCGAUCCCACAUUCUCAAAGUGUCUGAAGACUAUGGAAGAAGGCUUUCGGCUGGUGCAGUUAGCCAUGGGAAUCAAUUUCAUCCCAUUUCUCCGCUCCAUACCGGUUAUGAACAAGAUCUAUCUGAAGAUCAAGCGCAACGAUGUUGAUACAAAGGCAUUCUUUCGUUCGCUCAUUUCCGAGCACGCCAAAACAAUGGAGCCCGGCAAAACGCGCGAUUUCGUCGAUGCCUACUUGCACCACAUUCAACGGCUGCAGAAAGAAGAUCAAGAUACAGCAUCAUAUUUCAGUGAUGCUCAAAUGAUGCAAUGUGUCAUCGACUUGUUUUCCGCUGGAAUGGAAACGACCAAGGUGUCCCUGCAGUGGGCAUUCCUGUACAUUUCCCUGAAUUCUGACAUACAGUCGCGGCUGCAGCAGGAACUGGACGCUGUGGUCGGCACGGAGCGUCGCCCGACCAUGGAUGAUCUGCCUAACCUGCCUUAUAUGGAAGCCACCAUCUGUGAAGUAUUGCGAAAAAGUUCCGUUGCACCGCUAGGAAGUCCACAUGCCGCAAGCGAGGAUACAAUUUUCAAAGGUUACCUCAUUCCAAAAGGGACAACAAUUUUUCCAAAUUUCUGGGCAGUUCACAAUGAUGAAAAGCUUUGGAAGGAUCCCAAACGAUUUGACCCUGAAAGAUUUUUAGUUAAAGGGCAGGUCGAAAAACCACCCUUUUUCAUGCCCUUCUCUUCAGGACGCAGGGUGUGUUUGGGAGAACAACUGGCCAAAGCGGAAAUAUUUUUGGUAUUCUCUACCGUCUUGCAGCGAUUUAGUCUCAGCAUACCUGCCUGCGAUAAAACUCCCGAUUGCGAAGGAGUUUUGGGUAUGACCUUAACACCAAAGCCUUACCGCCUACUGGUUACGAAACGCCCGUCCGCGUCGGCACUCCUCAAACCGGCGUAAUUGUUCAAAUAUUCCUAGAAAAAAAUGUGAUGCUUACUCAAAUGCUGAAACCAAAAAGCGACUGCCGUUUCCGUUAGAUGUCAUUUAAUAUAAAUCGCCAACUAAUCCCACUGCGAAUUAUGAUCUUAAUAAUAAUUAUUAUUGUUAGUUGAAGGCUUGAAGCUCAAGUGCGGCUGAUGUUCAGUGGUCUCAUGUUCCUUGCAUCUGUACAUACUUCAGUUUUCUCUAAAUUUGCUGCGUUUGUUUCAUUUUCUUUAAAUACUUGAAUCGUAAUAGAUUAAACUUUAAAGCAUU